AUGGUCCGCAUCCACUCGACGUUUGCGCUUACGCUCGUGGCGCUGGCUGCCACGGAGACGACCGCGACGUGGGGCGACACCGACACCGUCGUUCCGCCCUACAACGCAGCCUUGCACGACCAAACCAUCGACCACGAAGCCUUGCACGACCCAGCCGUGGACCACCAAGCCUUGCACCACCCAACCAUCGACUACCAAGCCUUGCACGACCCAGCCGGGGACCACCAAGCCUUGCACCACCACCCAACCAUCGACUACCAAGCCUUGCACGACCCAACCGUCGACCACGAAGCCUUGCACGACCCAGCCGUCGACUACAAAGCCCUGCACCACCCAGCCGUCGACGCCUGCCCCGACGACGGGUGUCCCGACACCGACAUCUACGCCUGCCCCGACGACUGGUGUCCCGACGCCGACCUCGACCCCUAG